GCUUUGUACCCCGCCUACUUUUCUGAGGAAACGAAACUUAAUUCUGCUUUAGCAAGCUUUUCCUUUGCCUUCAGAAGGGCAUAGAAAGAGUGCUGAGAUCCAGGAAGCUCCAAGAUGGCUUUGCAGCCUAUUUUAAACCCGAGCGUUCCCUUUACUGGCCCCAUUUUUGGGGGUCUGACUGAGGGGAAGAUGAUUGUAAUCCAAGGGCAAGUCCGGGUUUCUGUGAAAAGAUUCUCGGUCAACCUAGUGUGUGGCAAUGGCAACAUCGCCUUCCACUUCAACCCCCGUUUCGACGAAGGCCGAGUCGUCGUGUGCAACACUCAGCAACAUGGCCGCUGGGGAGCUGAGGAACGGGCCUACAACAUGCCUUUCCAGCCAAAUAUUUAUUUUGAGAUGAUCAUCAACGUCAAGAGCCACUGCUAUCAGGUAUCCGUCAAUGGCAACCACUUCCUGGAGUACAGACACCGCCUUCCCUUCCAUGAGGUCCAGACAUUGCAGAUCAGUGGAGAUGUCUCUUUGAACUGCAUCAGCUUUGCUGGCACUAAUCCUCCACCCCCCUACACCCCUCCUGCUUACAAUGUUGUGACAGCUACCACAGUUGGUGGUAUGUUUGCUCAGCCGAACUUUGUGCAGCCAUCUUUUUCUACAAGGAAGAAGAAGACUGCCCAGGGUAACAGUGGAAUAACUUUGUCCAAUCCUGCUGUUCCAUUCCACAUUGCCAUCCCAGGGAAUUUCACUCAGUUCCGCAAGAUUACAAUUGUGGGGAAUGUGCCUAUUCACUCGAACAGAUUCCAUGUGAACCUGAAAAACACAAUGAGCGGCAACAUCGCCCUGCACAUCAACCCCCGACUGAAGGAGGGAGCAGUAGUCCGGAACACCUUCAUCCAUGGCAGUUGGGGCUCUGAGGAGAGGCACUUGGCUGCCAUGCCUUUCUCCCCUGGCCAGGCCUUCCAUAUGGAGAUCACCAACCUAAAGACUAACUACCAGGUGACUGUGAAUGGAAUUGUGAUAUUCAAUUAUACUCAUCGGAUCCCUUCAGGACAGGUGGACCACCUGGAAAUAGCUGGGGAUGUGACCCUCUCCUGUGUCCAGUACUGA